AUGACUAUAUUCCACAGAUCCAGGAAUGACACCCAGGUGACAUGGAACGAGACAGAUGACUUGGUGGAAUAUCCACAGAAGGGCUUUGUUGCGCCAAGGUACAUGGGGACAGUAGCUGAUCAGCGGGAUAUGAGCGCGCUAGGACGAGUCCAAGUUCUUCGACGAAACUUUCGGUUUAUUUCCAUUGUGGGGUUUGGGUGCACAUUGAUCUCUACCUGGGAGGUCAUUUUAACGUUCUUGGCGGCGGGAUUGACUGAUGGCGGAACUGCUGGUCUACUAUGGGGAUUCCUUGGUGUUUGCUUGGGCUUCACAUUGGUCUAUGCAAGCAUCGCUGAAAUGGCUUCGAUGGCACCCACUGCCGGUGGGCAAUAUCACUGGGUAUCAGAAUUUGCGCCGCGAAUUAGUCAAAAGUACCUUAGCUAUAUCACAGGAUGGCUUUCUGCGAUGGGUUGGCAAUGUGCGAUCGUCUCGAUUGCUUAUCUAGCCGGAACCAUUAUCCAAGGCUUGAUUGUCUUGAAUCAUCCCGAAUACAAUUUCCAGCGAUGGCAUGGGACUUUGCUGGUCAUUGCCAUUUCAACGUUUUCCAUUCUAUUUAAUACGUUUCUUGCCAAGAAUCUGCCGUUCGUCGAAGGCCUUAUCCUGAUAAUCCACGUUAUUGGUCUUUUCGCGAUCAUCAUUCCACUGUGGGUCCUGGCACCACGUAACAAUGCCCAUGCCGUCUUCACCACUUUUAAUAAUGGUGGUGGGUGGGACAGUGCCGGCACGGCUACGUUGGUCGGGCUUUCGACCACUAUCACAUCGAUGCUGGGAUAUGACUGCUCGGUUCACAUGUCGGAGGAGAUCAAAGAUGCAUCGGAAACAUUGCCCAAGGCUAUGAUGUCUUCCGUUGCGGUCAACGGCGUACUUGGAUUUAUCAUGCUGGUGACGUUAUGCUUCACCUUGGGAGAGAUCGACCCUAUCCUUGCCAGUCCUACGGGAUUCCCAUUCAUCCAGAUAUUCUACAACACGACUGGUAAUCUGGCAGCCACCAAUGCGAUGACUUCCGUUUUGGUAGUCACUUUAACCGCCAGCACCAUCACCGAGGUGGCCACUGCAUCACGGCAGCUUUGGUCCUUUGCACGGGACAAUGGCGUACCAUUCUCCUCGUUUUUCGCAUAUGUUACACCGGAGUGGAAUAUCCCUCUCAAUGCCGUGAUGGUGUCGCUCUUUGUCACGGUCUUGCUGUCCAUGAUCAAUAUCGGCUCCAAAGUUGCUCUGAAUGCCGUGAUCUCGCUAACGAUAACUUCGCUGUUGUCGGCGUAUAUAGUGUCUAUUGGCUGCGUCUUGCUCAAGCGGCUCCGGGGGGAUCCACUGCCUCACCACCGCUGGACACUGGGCCGGUUUGGCCUGGCGGUCAAUGUCGGAGCUUUGGCCUUCUUGCUGCCGCUGUUCAUUUUCGCCUUCUUCCCAGUGUCGACCCCAGUAACGCUCGGGACGAUGAACUGGAGUGUGGCCAUGUACGCUGGCGUCAUUGGAUCGGCGUCGAUCUAUUAUUGGGCCCGGGGGCGGCACCAUUUCGUUCCCCCUGUGGCUCUUGUGAAGAGAGAAGGGGCAUUCUAG